UCCAUAUUUGGUAAGGGCGUUUCACGCAACGUCCUACGUCACUGCUGCGUCACCUCCGGCUCCUCCUUUCACGUCCGAUCUCUCAACAUGGCGCCGCUCAAACAGAAGAGGCCAGCUGUUGGCAGGAAGUCUAAAAAGGGAGCUGCAUGGAAGUUCACCUUGGACCUGACCCACCCCGUGGAGGAUGGGAUCCUGGACGGUGCAAACUUUGGUCACCUUCCCUAGCUCCGAAUAUACUAGGGUUCUCUUCCCUAGUGCGUCAAUGUGUUCUGUCCAACAGGAAAUCUUCCUCAAAGAGAGGAUAAAGGUCAAUGGAAAGACAGGGAACUUGGGCAACGUCGUCCAGGUCGGCCGCAUGAAGAACAAGAUCAACGUCACGUCUGAGAAGCAGUUCUCCAAAAGGUAUCUGAAGUACCUGACGAAAAAGUACCUGAAGAAGAACAACCUCCGCGACUGGCUGAGAGUGGUGGCGUCCGACAAGGAGACGUACGAGCUGCGUUACUUCCAGAUCAGUCAGGAUGACGACGAGGAGUCGGAGGCAGACGAGUAAACAGAUAUCUCACAUGGUGUCAGGAGAAUAAAUGUGGAAAAAUAA